AAAAAAAAUCAUGUUUCUAAGAUGUGUGGUUUAGCUGAAAUUAAUUAAAAUGCCAAAUGCUCGGUGAAAGUAAUCUGAGCUCGGCAGUUUCCGCUGUUAUCGGCUGCGUGACUUAAAGAAUGUGAACAGAUGCAGGGACAGCUUCAAUGCGGUUAUACUACAUAGCAUGUAAAUAAACAUGUCCUCUGAUACUCACAGUGAAACAAAAAGGGGUAGAAGAUGUGUAGCGGGUGGGUGUUCAAGUACACAUUUAGAUGGAGUGUCCCUGCACUAUUUUCCAUUUAAAAAGGAACCACAUCUUGUACCAAAGUGGACUGCCUUUGUUAGACUUAAGAGGAAAUGGCCUGAGGGCCCUACUAGAUAUUCCAGCCUUUGUGAAUUACAUUUCGAUGACUCUUGUUAUCCAUUUGAGUAUCAAUUCAAAAAAUCACAAGGAAUUCCAGUGAAGCUCAAAUUUCUAAAUCCUGGGUCAGUACCAACAAAACAUCACCCUAGUGUUUUAGGAAAACGUGAUUUGAGCUCUAUUGAGGCGGAUGAGAAAUCCAAUGAGAGAGAGAAAAAAGAAAGGAAACGGAUAAGAGGGGCAUUUGUAAAACGAGAAAAUUUUAGAAUCAUUGCAGAGAAAACAGAAGUACAGAAUAAAUCUAUGCAAGAAGCUGAAGCUAGAAAAUCAUCAGAAGAUUUAAAUUGCACAAUGACUGACAAUGAAAACAAUAAAAGUACAGAAGAAUUAUCAAAAUCAAAAGAAGCCUUCAGUCAGACAAAAAGGUCAUGGAAUAGAAUAGGUAAAUCUAUCCAAACCAAAUCUGAAACAUCUACCAAAGGGACUCAAAUAAACAUGUAUCCUGCCAGAAGAAGUGUUGGUAUACAGUGCAAUAUAAAAGAGAAUGCACAACCUAUGAAUGAUCAAUUCCUAAGGUACGAGGAUGACAUGCCACCAGAAUCCUCCAACCUUGAAAUUUCUUCCGAUUUUGAAUAG